AUGGUCGAUCGGAUGGGGAGAUUGCCGGACUCCGCUGACGUCGUGGCUCGACUCCGAGAUGCAUUUCGAUGUCAUCCGCUGAUCCUUCUGCUUGUCAGCCUUGACGAGUUGCCGGCCUUCCAGUUCGAACUGCUACUCCAAGGCCCCCCGUCGGGUCUGUUUGUGGAGGACGAGGACGGCACACGUCGGAUGGGAAUCGGGAUGAUCGUCCCGACCAACCCCCCCCAGCUUCUGAUCAUAGCGCGCGGACCAUUAUUCGGAAUUGAAAGCACUGCGUCCGAGGCAAAAAUGCACAAUUCCAAGCACUCCACAGGUCGCCAGCUAGUGGUCGCCAAUUAG